GCAACAACACCUGCAACAACACCUAUUCCAACUAAUGCAGCAGCGACAACAACAUCUGCUCCGAUAACAACAACAGUGGCAACAACAAUGCCUGCUACAACAAGUACUGCAUCAACAACAUCAGCAACAACCACAACACCUGCUCUGACAACGACGAGAGUGGAAAUAACAACACCUGCUCUAACAACUACUGCAGCAACAACGACAACAGCAGGAACAACACCAGCUGCGACGUCAUCUGCAACAACAACAUCUGUUCUAACUACAAUAACAGCAGGAACAACAUCUGCAACAACAUCUGCUCAAACAACUACUGCUCCGACUACAACAACAGCAGCAACAACAUCUUCAACAUCAACAUCUGCAUCGACUACAACAACAGCGGCAACAACAUCUGCAACAACACCUGUUCCAACUAAUACAGCAGCACAACAACGACAACAGCAACAACAACACCAGCUGCGACAUCAUCUGCAACAACAACAUCUGUUCCAGCAGCAACAACAUCUGCAACAUCUGCUCCAACAAUAACAACAGCAGCAACAACACCUGUUCCAACUAAUACUGCAGCGACAACAACAUCUGCACCGAUAA